UGAUCCCUACAUUAUCGAUCAUUGCAGCUAACAAGAAGCUGGAAGGCACUUCGGUCCUCCCGGGGAUGGUUGCCCUGGGCAACAAUUGGCAAUAGAAGUAUCUUGUCUUUUAAACCUCACAAGGUAUCAAGAGCUGCGUGGGUACCAGAGGACUCGGCAUGUCAACUUGCCACCAGACCUCCGAGAUUAAUUAAGCAGCAACUGGUUUUCAUACGGGAAGUCGGCAGGCAAUAAUCUAAUUAAAACGUAGAAUUUGGAACUGUCGUCAUAUAAUUAUAACCGUUUCUGGGAAUCAUCGACUCGUUAUUCUUACGAUUGUCAGAGUGCCCAACUACAAGGCUCGUUGGUUUCUAUUCGACUGCAUAUCUUGCGGACUUGCUGUUCACCAUGGUGGGCCUUGGAAUUAUAUCUCUGCUCUUCAGCAGCAGCAUCCGGGCAACAUCUUCAAAGAUUGAGACAAUUCCGUCGACCAUUGCCGAGGAUUGCACGGCCGAAUCACGCACAUUACACAACAUGACCACCUAUCAGAUCCAGAUCUCAUAUAGCAAUUCCUCGGACGAAGACAACUCGGUCGUCUUCCAGCUGUACAAUCCCGCAAUCGGCGUCGACGCCCAAUGCGCAGCCUACGGGCCCACGCUCGGGGUUGGCGACUCUCGGUCGGAUACGUGGUACCCGUGCUUCGUUGAGUCCAGAGACGCGAGGAUAUCGGCCGCGUUCAAGUACGACUUCGUCGCCAACCAGGUGACUGUCAACGAGACGUGGGUCUGCGAUGCUGCGGACCCGGAUCAGUCGUACGUGUAGAUCCGAACCAAAGAGCUGCGCACAGGUUAUUUGCUGUAUCUUACGCGCUCCGCUGACCUGGAUGGUUUACGAAAAGGGUGGUCUUUCAGGCUUUUGGGCCAAGCACGCUACCGGCCCCUUGUCACAAUACUACUGAUCAGGGGGUUCUCCAGAUUCAGUGUAUUCAAGACGAGGACAUGCCCCUUGAAGUCUCCGUCACGUCGAAGGAGCUGUGAGGAGUAAUAUCAAGUAUAAUGUUGCGGAAGGCCAGAUGCCUAUUAUUGGCUUUUGUGACUGUAUCCCUUAUAAUGUCGAACACUAUGAGGAAACAAUUUCCUGGCGGGUCCUCGCAUUGCUAG